GAAUGUCGUUGGUAGUUGGAGUCACGCUUCUCUCCUCAAGUAUAUAUUCUCUUGAAAGACAUGCAUUCCACUAACUUCCCCAUACUCAGAACUUCUUCUGAACGUUCAAUAACGUAUUUCUCGAUAUCGAAAGCAUAAAUCUUAGAAACCACGAGCGUCCAACUCCUCACAUAAUAUGAAAGCCCUGCAGCACCUACUUCUUUCGUUUGCCGCGCUUGCCGCUGCCGUCGACACGACUAUCCAACCUCAUUGCAACUCCGGUGGCCUUUCUCGCCAAAAUGAAGACGUAGCUGUCGGUGCAAUACUUGCUGCAUGCCAGCAAAAUUGGGCAAAAGACUGCGAUAUAAAAAAAGAGAACCAUAAUAUGCGUUGCUAUUCGAAAACGUCAAACCCACCUGGAGACGUCCAGGAAGGUUGCGCCGAAUUCAACAAUGCGGGGAAAGGAGAUCAAACGAAGAUGUAUUGGCAUUUAGCAGUCCAUUACAUCCCUGAUUCUGGCUCAGACGCAAAUGAUAAAAACAUCAGGCUUCCUAUGGCAAGCUGUAUCGCAGGACUUUCUCAGCUAGUACUCAACUGCGACAAGGGUGGAGACGUUUCUAUAACCGACUUUGAUGGACUACGCUGGAUGUUCACUGCCGAUCCCCAAGCGGGAGAUUGUCCCGAUAGUUACAAGUACAAAAUCACCCCCCUUGACUUGGGUAAAAUUUUUUUGCUUAUUUGUUUUGUUUUUGAGAUUCGAUUACUAGUAGGGCUUCUUUCAUUGUAGAUUGUUAGUGUGUUGCUCUCUUUCAUGCUUGUCGAUUGGGUAGGCUUUAUCCUCUGGUAUUGUUCUCCCUCGAUGGCGUUUCCAAUUUCAUGGCUGUAUUGCGACGAUACCCUGCACUUGAUCAAUCUUCUACAUUUCAUAUGCAUUCAUGUUAAAUCUGUUAAC